UGGAAGAUCCUGUGGGCCACCACUCUGGUGGUGGUGCUCUCUACGUGUCAUGGACACGAGAGAAGCAAAAGGGCGAUAGAGAGCUAUGCGCAACCUCAAGCACCGUUUGAAGGUUACGUUUACACUCCGCCGAAUAAGCCCUUCACUCUCCCGCCCCGAACACCAUCAACAAGUCCGCCCACUCCACCUCCCAUCUCUCGGCGACCGCCGCCACCGAUACAAUCGCAACCUCCUACAAAGCCGCCGAUUCAGACCGGCCCACCCUACAGUUAUUCACCUCCGCAAACGCCGUUCACAUUACCACCAAGAACCCCGGCACCACCUACGCGGCCGACGCCACCUCCGAUUCAGACAAGACCACCUCCUGUUAUAACGAGGCCACCGCCGCCACCUGUUCAAACGAAACCGCCGUACAGUUAUCCACCACCGGAAAACCCUUUGACGUUACCGCCGAGAACGCCGGCGCCACCCACGCGGCCUCCGAUUCCGACGAGACCUCCUCCCGUUCAAACGAGGCCACCACCGCCACCUGUCCAGACAAAACCUCCGUAUAGCUACCCGCCACCAGAAAAUCCUUUAACGAUACCGCCGAGAACGCCGGCGCCACCCACCCGGCCGCCGCCACGUCCCAUUGAGUCAAGACCCCCAAUUGUUCAAACUAGACCACCACCGCCACCGGUUCAAACGAAACCUCCAUACAGUUAUCCACCGCCAGAAAAUCCUUUAACGUUACCGCCGAGGACGCCGCCGCCACCUACGCGGCCACCGCCACCACCGAUACAAACGAGACCUCAGCCCUCGAGACCAACGCCACCACCACCGACGAGGCCACCAACGCCGCGACCAACGCCACCACCGACUCGUCGUCCACCACCUCCCGUUCAAACCCGACCGCCACCUCCCCCACCUCCACCCCGAACACCACCACCGCGACCUCCGACGAGACCGCCUCCUCCUCCACCGCAACCACCUACUCUACCGCCUUAUAUACCUCCUUCUCCACCCCGAACACCACCACCGCGACCUCCGACAAGACCGCCUCCUCCUCCACCGCAACCACCUACUCAACCGCCUUAUCUACCUCCUUCUCCACCCCGAACACCACCACCGCGACCUCCGCCCCCGUACUUACCUCCACCUCCUCAACCACCUGUAACGAGACAGCCGCCACCUCCUCCGAAACCACCCACUCAACCACCGUAUGUACCUCCCCCGCCACCGCAGCCUCCAACCCGGCCACCAUAUGUCCCACCACCCCCACAGCCCCCAACUAGACCACCUUAUAUCCCACCACCCCCGCAACCCCCAACUAGACCACCUUAUAUCCCACCACCCCCACAGCCCCCAACUAGACCACCUUAUAUCCCGCCACCCCCGCAACCACCAACUAGACCACCUUAUAACCCGCCACCCCCACAACCUCCAACUAGACCACCUUAUAUCCCGCCAUCCCCACAACCACCCAGGACUCCCCCACCGACCGGACCAACUUAUCUACCUCCAGUCUCGACUCGGAAGCCACGUCCUCCUGUAACUACCCCAUCGCCACCAACUUCUAUCGUUACAAGACCACCACCGCCAAGAACUACAACAGUGACAUUUGCUCCACCCACCAAGACCCCGACUUACCUCCCACCUAGGACACCCGCGACCCCACCGCCACCACCCAUUACUCAGAGGACCACGAAAUACGUUCCACCUGUAACCCCUCCGACGACAAGAUACACUCAACCCCCAACUCAGAGAACAACCUACACCCCUCCUUCGCGACCUACACAGGAUCGACCAACAUACUUGCCACCACCGGGUCCACCACCCAGCACCCGUCCUCCCCCAUAUCUGCCGCCGUCGACCCAGCGACCAAAGUACCCAACUGUUACCCCACCUCCAUAUCCUACCCCACUAUACAGUAUCACCCCGAGCACGUCCACCUUACCACCACCAACGGGAUAUCCAGCACCAAGUCCAACACUGCCACCUGGAACCACACCAAAACCGCUAGGAUACAACUAUCCGAUACCAGACAUUCCUUUUGAUUUUCGAAAACGUUGA